AUGGAAGAACAAAGCAUGAAGGGUUUUGUUCACUCGUUUUGCGUUUACUCCUAUGAUGGAAGGGCAAAGUUCCCCACUGCCUUGAGAACCAUAGACUGGUCAACAAGUCAGCUUUCUUUGGUGUGCGAGCGUGCCACUGCUAAGCUUCAAUGUACCUCAAGCUUUUGUGAAGCUUUUGAGUGGGCAGAACUGCGGUUUCCUCAGUCUGCUCGGGCAGAAGUGACUGUUUUUGAGGACUUCAGUGGGCUAGAGACUGUACUGUGA